AUGGUGGUAUUGUCUCGGCCAGUACUAGACAAUUUCUCUCUCAUCGAAACAAGCGAAACCACUGCAAAUCCAUCCACUGUAAUUCCAGAAAUAGACCUCUUAGACCCUCAUACAGGCAACCUCAUCGUUAAGGCCUGUGAGGAGUAUGGCUUCUUCAAGGUGAUCAACCAUGGCAUCCCAGUGGAGUCUGUCACUAAAUUAGAAGCUGAAACUAUCAAGUUCUUCGAGUUACCACAGUCUGAGAAAGACAAAACUGGCACUUCUACUCUUAACCCUUUUGGAUAUGGUAACAAGAGAAUUGGCCCAAACGGUGAUGUUGGUUGGAUUGAAUACCUUCUCUUCAGCACCAGCCCCCAAAAUUGUCUCUCCAAUUUCCCAGGAAACUCAGAAAUUUUCUGGACUCUUGUGAAUGACUAUGUAUCAGCAGUGAGACAUAGGCUUUGUGGAGUUUCGGAAAUGAUAGCUGAUGGCUUGAAGAUUAGGCCAAUGAAUGUGUUGAGUAGGCUCUUGAAAGACCAGAAGAGUGACUCUUGUUUCAGGCUAAACCACUAUCCUCCAUGUCCAGAGCAUCAAGCAUUCAGUGGUCAAAGUUUGAUUGGGUUUGGAGAGCAUACAGAUCCACAGAUACUAUCUGCUCUAAGAUCUAACAACACAUCAGGCUUGCAAAUCUGUCUAAGAGAUGGGACAUGGGUUUCAGUCCCAGCUGAUCAGAGCUCCCUUUUCAUCAAUGUUGGUGAUUCCUUGCAGGUAAUGACUAAUGGGAGGUUUAGGAGUGUAAGGCAUAGAGUGUUGGCUGGUAGUUUGAAAUCAAGGGUAUCAAUGAUUUACCUUGGAGGACCACCUUUGACUGAAAAGAUAGCACCUUUACCCUCACUAAUGGAAGACGGAGAAGAAGGUUUGUACAAGGACUUGACAUGGUGCGAAUACAAGAAGGCUGCGUACAAGACAAGGUUGGCUGAGAAUAGGUUAAGUCUCUUUGAGAAGUCUGCAGGCCAAUGA